GUUGCACCGCCAGCCAUUGCAGUAUUUUAAUCUAAUCAAAUCUGCUCACAUGGGUCUCUUUGUUCCAUUUUCUUUAAUUCCAAAAUGUAUCAAAACUUACAUCUAUAUAAACCCUAACCUAGUUCGCUAUAAUUCACCAUAACUUAAGUACAAAAUACCUUCCUCUAGCAGUGACAGAGUUUAAAAUGGCUUCCAAAGCUGUUGCAACCACUUCUCUUUUCCUCUCUCUCAACCUUCUCUUUUUCACUAUGGUCAGUUCAACUUCUGUCCCUUGCCCACCUGAUCAGCCAAAGAUACCUAAAAACCCACCACAGAACCCUCCAGCCACAAGGCCACCAUCUACAAACCCGCCAGCUAAUACACCAUCUUGCCCAAGGGAUACCCUAAAGCUAGGGGUAUGUGCCAACUUAUUGAAUGACUUGGUUCACGUUGUCAUUGGCACCCCACCAAAGACCCCUUGCUGCACUCUCAUCCAGGGUCUUGCUGAUCUUGAAGCUGCUGUUUGCCUUUGCACUGCCAUUAAGGCCAACAUUUUGGGAAUUAACCUCAAUGUUCCAAUCUCCUUGAGCUUGCUCUUAAACUACUGUGGAAAAAAUGUCCCUAGAGGCUUCCAGUGCGCCUAAUUGUGCUUAUUAUCCCAACUGAUCUUUUCCCAUUUCAUGAUUAAUUUUUGUUGUUAAAAACUUCCAUUCUGCUUGUUUGUGUCUUUAUUGUCUGUUUGAUUUUGUGGUGAUCAACUCGAUCCCUUCG